AUGAGUUCUCCUCCAUCUUCGCCUGGCGCAGACAAACCGGUCAUGUCUGAAAAGGCCACCGGCCCUGAGGCUACGGCCAUUGCUGUCGGCAGCGAUAGCAAUGAGGCCAGUAUCGUUGAACCGGAUCCUUCCGACGAUCGAAAUCCGCAGAAUUGGAGUCCAUGGAAAAAGAGACUUGUGUUCAUCGCUUUGAUGUCGAGCUCCAUUCUUGCUGAUGGUGGCAUGACCUGGGGCGCAACUCUUGUCGUUCCUCAGGCAAUCGAAUGGAAUACCUCAGUUACACAUUCUGCAACGUCUCUCAACUAUGGCAUCCUGCUACAAGGAAUUGGAGGUAUCAUUGCUGUGCCUUUUAUUGACGCUUAUGGACGAAUGCCGAUCUGGCUUUACCCACAACUCAUCACCCUCUUUGUCGUCCUCGGUUGUUGUUAUGCAGAAUCGUGGUCGGUGUUCACAGCACUCCGUGCCCUGCAAGGCCUCUUUGGCACAGUCCCACAAGUCAUCGGUCUCCCCAUCAUUCACGACAUGUACGCUCCCAAAGACUGGCCUAGGUAUAUCAACAUCUGGGGUACAACCUUCCUGGUCGGUCCUUUCCUCUUCCCAGCCCUGGCCGGCUACAUUCUCGAAGGCACGGGUUCCUGGCGCGAUGCGUUCAAGGUGCUCACGGGAUUUUACGGCUUCUCGACGCUUUUGAUCCUGGCAUUUGGCCGCGAGACAUAUUACAACAAAGCUACCGGCACACAGCAAACGAAUCCAGUCAAAGCCUUCCUCGGUAUCGGAAACACUAAUUUGCCCAAGGCUCACACCCUUUCUGCGUCGACGGUCAACAUCGUCAAGCUCGUCUUCACACCACCCAUCCUCCUGGUCGGCAUCUCUACGAUGGUCAACUUCACCUGGCCUAUCGGCAUCACGACCACGAUUGAUGCCUUCGUUCGUGCCCCACCUUACCUCUUUGGAAACGUUGCUGACGCUUCCAUCCGUUUUGCCGGUGUCAUCGGCGCUCUGCUCGGCUUUGUCUUCGGCUAUUUCUUCAAUGAAUGGAUCUACAACGGCUCCGGUGGCAAGCGCAAGGCGCACUGGCGAAGCGAGUACCGACUGCAUGGAGUCUGGCUACCCAUUUUUAGCAUGGUUUGUGGGCUGCUGACAUAUGGCUUGACUCUCAACUACGGAAAGAGCUGGGUUGGCCUCGCGUUCGGCUGGGUUAUGGUGAAUAUUGGACUGGUGGGCAGCACAGUUGCAAUCACAGCCUUUGCCCUCGAGAAAUACCCCGACCAAGCUUCUGUUGUCAGUGCUAUCAUCAACAUGUGGCGUACGUGCGGCGGUUUCUCAGUCGGUUACUUCCAACCCAGCUGGAUUGCGAAGGACGGCGUGGCGGCCGUGUUUGCUACGCAGGCGGCAGUUGUGGGCGUAUGUGUCGUGUUACUGAUCGGACCUGCGAUUUGGUUGGGAAGGAGAGAAGCAAAGGCAAAAUCCGCUGCAGAAAUUGCAAUGACGCCUUAA